UCCAGAGGAGAUCACCAGCAGGCUAAUUGAGAAAAUCCAUGAUUUGAUCAUGUCAAAGUAGAAAGUUAGUGAUCCCCUUCCAAGAAGAAUUUGAGUUCAACCGUCCGAAGAAGGUCGAUUUGAAGAACCUCCCUUUUGAAGAAGGGAUAUAUGAUCUUAAUGAGGGUGAUAAAGGAGCCUAUGAGAGAACCCAGAAGAAGAUCUAUAAGCAAGACCCAUUGCUUUAUAAUAAGAUUUGGAAAUUCAAACGAGGAGUAGGAAAUAUUGCACCAGGAACAAGUUUUGGAGCCUCUCCUGAACAUCUUCGGAAUUCCAAGUUGGCAAGAGUUAGCAGCAGUCUUCCUAUGCUAGGUCAUGUCUAUUCUAAAAAUGCACCUAGUUCAAAGAUCUCAGCCCAGGUUUCAAAUAACAAUACCAGCUCUAAGGCUUCUAAAUUGGCAAUGACGAGUUAUAGGCGUAGCCAAAAAUGAGGGAAAGGAUUAUCCGUACUAGAAAAUAUGAAGUUCAGCGAGCCCACGAAUCUUAAUAAAAACUGCAAGCGAAAUAAAAAUCUAUUUGGAUCCUUCACUACUAAGCCAAAGCAGAGUACGGUUGAUUAUCAGGCUAUGAAAAGUAACUACAAUCAGUUCCUUGAUCCGAAGUAUAUUAAAUCUCAAAGCUUGGAGGCAAAAUCCCCAUUCAGAAAUGCCAAAUUAGGGGAUUUAAAACAGUGCAAAAGAAAUAAUGCAGCUAUGAGAUACUACUCGACGAAGAAGAUUGAAAAUAAAGAAAAACUGUACAAGCCAUAUAAAGUAGGGAAAGAAUUGCUAAAAAACCAGAGAAAAAGAAAAAAUAGACUCUCUGCAUCUAGUACAGUUAAGGAUACUAAGCAGUUGGAGUAUCUAAGCCCAGAAGCUCAACCUUCAUUAAAUGACUUAAAGAUCAGAGCACCCAACUUUGAAUCUUUGUUAAUCCUCAAGACUGGGGAUUUUUUGAAAUCGUUCACACACAAAAGAAAAUUCUUUAAAACCAAUAAGACCAAUGUUUCCCUUAAAAAAUCAGCUAAAAUUCUUAUCCCGCUCGAAGUGAUUGCUCAGAGAAACAGAGUGAAAAAAUCAAUAAACAGGGAACGUUUCCCUUCAUCUAAAGUGAAUGAGCCUCAUAAAUAUGUAAAAAUUCCAAAGCAAGGGCACCAGCUACUUAAUCCAAACUCUGAUCUUGGUCAUUUCAUCCCUUAAAUGAUAUUAUUCA